AUGACCGACCGAGGCCCCCAUGACGAUGCACGGAAUAUUAUCGAGGAAAUCCCCCACCAUGCUCUCCCCCCUUGGUGGUGGCUUUCGAGCACUGCGUACCCUCUUUUAGCAGGCACACUCGGGCCAAUGGCGAGCGCCUUCAAUAUUUGCUCGUUAUCCGAGACAUGGAGCAGGGAGUUUGAUACUGCCAACGGUCGGAUUAAGUCGAUCCCGGAUCCAGAUUGGGUAAUCGAGGUUAAUGCGGUAUCGUUGGCCUGUGCGAUUGUAUCAAACCUCGUGCUGCUGUGGAGCAUGGCACGGAGGAUCUCGUUCGUGGUUGCGCAACCCAUUAUCAUUAUCGGGUGGUACAUCUCAUCCAUCCUACUCAUUUGUUUGCUCGGAAUAUUCUCUGCUUCCAGAAAUGGUUCUGGAUCGCGCACUGGGACUGGCCGAUGGCUCACCGGAGCCUACUAUUUUGGGAUCUUUGCUGCCGGGCUUUACUUUCUGAUAUCCUCGCUUCUGUCGAUAACCGUCUAUGGGGCCUAUCGGGGUCACUACAGCCGCGAAUAUCGACUCACGGCCAACCAGCGGAGCCUGAUGCUCCAAACGAUCCUCUUCCUCGUCUAUCUUCUUGGUGGAGCGGCGGUUUAUGCCAGAAUUGAGAAGUGGCAGUAUCUCGAGGCAGUAUAUUGGGCAGAUUUUACGCUUCUGACUAUCGGAAUUGGGGAUUUCGCUCCCAAAACGCACUUAGGCAGAGGACUAUUGUUCCCGUAUGCAGUCGGCGGGAUUUUGAUUCUGGGUCUGAUUAUUAGCUCGAUUCGCGCGCAGAUGCUCGAGAAGGGGCGCCAGAAAAUGGCCGAGGCUGUGACGGAGCGAACCCGUAGAUUCUUGAUUCGUGGGACAGCCUUAGGCCAGGGUUCUUUGCGAGAUGUGAGCCCAAGCUUGCGCCCGGAAACGUCUCAGGAAAGCGACCGUGAGAGACGGCGACGCGAGUUCCAAUUCAUGCGACGCGUACGGCAGAUUUCCACGCUUCAGCGCAAGUGGAUCUCGCUUGUCACCUCGCUAAUAGUAUGGAUGAUGUUGUGGUUAUUGGGAGCAAUCGCCUUCUGGCUUCCCGGCCAGAACGAAAAGUUGACGUACUUUGAGGCGUUGUAUUUCGCCUACACGACACUUUUCACAAUUGGCUUCGGAGACUUCCAUGCAACAUCAGACUGGGAGCGAUCGUUCUUUGUCUUCUGGACGUUGCUCGCUGUUCCGACAGUGACGCUGCUCAUUGCCAACGUCGGCGACACGAUAGUGCGGACGAUCCGCGAUAUUACCAUCUAUCUUGGCGAGCUGACCAUUCUGCCUGGUGACAAACCGGUUCGAGAGCUGUUCAAGGAUCUGUUCCGGGUGUCCUGGAAGGAGAAAUUUCUCGCCGAGUCCGUCGAGGACAGAAAACCAGACGAGGACAACGUAGAAGAUUCCGCUGCGACAGCCGAAGCAGCCGAAGCCGAUACCGCAGCUGAUGGAGAUGAACAAGAAGCUCGCAAUGCGAUCGAGGCCGAUGAGCACAAGAAGGAGGAGUCGGCUCGGGCGCGGGGCGACGUCGCGGCUGAGGAGACUCACCACCACCACUACCUCUUGUUUCGUGAAGUACGCAGGAUGAUAGACUAUGCCACACGCAAUCUCCACAAGGAAUUUGAUUACCACGAGUGGGAGUAUUUUCUGAAGCUCAUUGGGAAUGACGAAGAUGUAUCGGAUGGGCAGAGCAAGGAUCCGAAUUUGAACUGGACGAGUUACAAGAGCCCCUUGCUAGGACAGAAGACUGAGGUCCAGUGGUUACUGGAGGCGCUGACCGAGGCACUGGAGAGAGAGUUGAGGAAGGCGAGCCGGGGAUACCAUUCGCCUGAACCGAGUGACUCUGAACAAUGA